AUGGCUCAAUCGACAGCCCAUCGCCGACUCCUCCAAGAGUAUAAGAUGUUAACUAACAACCCUCCUGAUGGCAUUACGGCCGGUCCAGUUAGCGAGGACGAUAUGCUUCAUUGGGAAGCCCUGAUCCAAGGCCCCGAAGGAACACCCUUCGAAGGUGGUGUCUUCCCUGCCGAACUCAAGUUCCCCAAAGACUACCCAUUAGCGCCUCCAAAGAUGACCUUUCUAGGCGAGAUCUUUCACCCCAAUAUCUACCCGAGCGGCCUAGUCUGCAUCUCUAUCCUGCACCCGCCCGGAGACGACCCAAACCACUACGAGCACGCGUCGGAGAGGUGGAGUCCGAUCCAGUCGGUCGAGAAGAUCCUGAUAUCCGUCAUGAGUAUGUUAGCGGAGCCCAACGACGAGAGCCCGGCCAACGUCGAGGCGGCUAAGAUGUGGCGAGAGAGCCGCGCGGAGUAUGAGAAGAAGGUGCGAAACGGCGUCCGACACAUGCUAGGCCUCUAG